GUAAACAUGUAUCGUCAAUAUUGUCAUCAUUUAGUUAAAACGAAACCAGUUAUUGAUGAAAUUUCUUAAUAAAAAUGCAAUGUUUGAUGUCUUAUUGUAGCUUUGUUUCAAUAUUUUUAUUGAUGUAAAUAUGUGCCAAGUUGAAUAACUCUAAACAUCGUCAAAGAAUAGCUAGUGCUUUAGAUAGCUAUGACACAUAUGUCAAGAAGGGUUGACGGUCAAGAAGCUAUAUAGUCUUAUAGAUAAUAUAACAAGUUACAUAUUAAUGUUCUUAGGCUAUGCAAGCAUAGAGUUAUAGCCAAUACUGUCAAUAAGCAUGGAUAUGUCUGAGAGACAGUGUAACUGUUUUAUUUUCCAAGUAUUAUAGAAAUGAAUUUAUGUUCAGAAAUAAUUCUGGCAUAUUUGAAAGACCAGUGUUAAGUGUCAUGAAAUCUAUAAUAUCUGCAUUAACGUUUCAAGUUAAUAACUGAAUUUACCAUCACAAAACAUACCUUCCCCGAAGAAACCUUAGCUGACAAGCAAAUAUGUCAGGGGGCAAUAACGAGACCCAGAUGGGACGUCGAACCUUGUGGAACCUUCAGAGUAACCUCCCUGUAAACUUUGUACGAAAUCAAAAUGUUCAGCAGCAUGUCGAACAGGUUGUACGAGGCGUGAUUCCUGGGGGAGCACCACAGCCAGAAUAUCAUCCUAACCCAUACCUGCAGCACAUUUACAGUCGUCAUGCCAGCAGACAGGAUGGCGAGGCUUCAGAGCCGUUUCAUUCCUUGGAGGCCCAACUGCAGGAGGUUAUUAGCCAAAGUGAUUUAAACGAUGGUCACACCCACAAUCAACAACAACAAGGAAUGGUAACCUUACCACAUGAACAUGUACAUGGUCACACCCACAAUCAACAACAACAAGCAAUGGUUACCUUACCACAAGACUGGAAGGCCAUGUUUGGUUCAUUUGCAUUCAUUGUGAUUCUGGUUUUGAAACUGCUGUCCAACCAUGUCCUAGGAAUUCUUGUUUUCAUUGGCCUUACAAUGGUUUUCCACUAUUCCAACACCAAGGUGAUAGAGAUUGUGCAUAUAACAUCGUUGAGAGAUAGGAACCACAGCAAAAAAGUGUUCUGCUCAGCUUUGUGGGUAGUUCUAUUUUUAGCAGCUCAGGCGUUUGGAAUAUACUACUUCCUCAGUGAUGAGCAGUUGCAUAAUAUAUUACACUAUCAACUUCCGGCUUCAUGGAUUGGAGAUAUAUUUCACCUGAUCUGGGUUACCAUGGUCACAGACUACAUCAUCCGCUUUGCGGCUAUAUGUCUUAAGGCAGUGGUCGCAGUAACACCUCAAGUAUGUCUGCUACAAAAAAGAAAGGGCAAGUAUUACAUGAUGAUAGAGGUUCUCAGUCAGCUGUACAGAGCCACCCUACCCAUAGUGCCCUGGUUUUACUUCCUGUAUGUCCCUACCAAGACAUGGUUCUCGGCUGUGUUAACAUUGCUGUACAUAAUUGCAAAGUGUAUCAAUCUCUACAGUACUGCUGCUAUGAUCAAGAAGGCAGUGAGAGUUUUCUUCUCUAAUACGAAAUUUGGUGAGAAGCCGUCUGCAGAGGAAAUAAAGUCUCGCGAGGAGAACUGCCCCAUAUGUCAAGACGACUACCAGGACCCUGUCAUGCUGCCCUGUAAGCAUAUAUUCUGUGAGAACUGCGUGUCAAUAUGGUUUGACAGAGAGAAGACAUGCCCCAUGUGUCGUGCAGAAAUUCAACACGAGGAUCCAGUGUGGCAAGACGGGUCAACAAGCAUUCAUCUGCAGUGGUAUUGAUGUCAUGAUGCCAUAAUAAAUUAUGUAAACAUGACCUUUGUCAUGCAAAAAAGGGUCUUAUGCAAUAAAUGACCAGCAUGUCUGCAGACAAGCCUGCACAGUGUUUUUAGAAGCUAGCCCAUCUGCUAUAAAGCCAAGCAAGGUUUCGUGGUCUCAUUGGAAGACAGUAUACCAGACCAGACUGAAGCAACACUAGUGGCAUAUGGCACAAGACUCAUUUUUAGCUCGACUAUUAUAUAUGAUAUAUCUAUAUAGUGGAGCUAUCCUACUCACCCCAGCGUCGGCGUUAGCAUUAGCGUGCAAAUGUUCAAGUUUCUGUACUAUCCCAAUUAUUUUCAUUGUCCCUUGACAUGUUGCUUCCAUAUUUUGCAUACUUGUUAACCAACAUGACCCCAACCUUUAAACAAGAGCAGACAACUCUAUCAAGCAUUUUGCAGCAUAUGUUAAAGUUUUCUUACUACCCCAUUUAUUUUCAUUGUCCCUUGACACAUUGCUUUCAUAUUUUGCAUACUUGUUUACCAACAUCACCCCAUCCUAUAAACAAGAGCAGACAACUCUAUCAAGCAUUUUGUCAUAAUUAUUGCCCCUUUUAUACUUAGAAUAUGCAUAUUAUUGAUAAAUCUAUGUUAAUGUUUGCGUAUUACCCCAAAUAUUUCCUAUAUCCUUUGACAUAUUGCUUUUAUAUGUUGCAUACUUUUUUACCAACAUGACCCCAACCUAUAAACAAGAGCAGACCACUGUAUCAAGCAUUUUUACAUAAUUAUGGGCCCUUUUACACUAAGAUAAUUGAACAUUUUGCUUAAAUUGCCAUAACUUCUUUAUUUAUGAUCACAUUUUAUUAUUACUUUGACAAAACAACACUUACCUGAAUACCACGAUGGAUUCCACCCAAACAAUACCCCACGCCCCUACCCAGAAUCCCUUCCCGCCACCCCAACCCCCCCAAUU